ACCAGCGCGGACACUCGGACGGGCAGUGCAGUGUGUUCGGACGGCGUUUAACUAGCUUACCAUUACGGAAACAUGUCGGCGAGUCAGAUUUUUGCGUUGUCUCUGUCGUCGUUCUAAAAAAUGUAAAUCAACCACUGUAAACGGCCCGGAGCGACGAGUGUUGUAGUGGGUACCACCGGGGUGCAACUGGUUUUACAAAAAAAAAAAGGAAAAAAAGAGAAGAAGAAAAAUGACUGUCAUGAACACCGGUUACCUAUUUAUAAUAUUCGCACUGUCGGUGUUAUGGAUGUCCCGCGCAGAAGCUGAAAGUUUUUUGCAAGACUUCCAACCGUGUUCGUUCAAUCCUUUGUGUUCGUGCACCAAGUCAUAUGACAGCUUGGGCGAAGUGCACUGUGUUGAUGUGUACUUUCCACGGAUACCGCCGGCCAUCAACCGAUCUAGGUUAUCGACACUUCAUCUUAGGAACAACGACUUGGACAGCAUAGAGCCGUACUUCCUCGUCAAUACUGGUCUUUAUAAGAUGACGAUCCAAGACAAUCCAUUGCCAAUUUUAAAUGAUGAUUCUUUAUAUGGAUUAGAGCAUUCACUAUGGGAAUUGGAGUUAGUUAAUACUUAUUUAACUUAUGUUCCAAGUCGGGCAAUACGAAUAUUAUUAAAAUUAAAAGUACUUAAUUUAUCAGGUAAUCAAAUAUCAGAAAUAAAGAUGGGCGAUUGGAAUGGAUUAGAGAACACUCUUAAAGUUUUAAAACUUGCAAACAACGCACUUACAUAUUUGCCACACAGGGCUUUUGAUAGUCUCGGGUUGCUAGAAAAUCUUGAUUUGUCUGGUAAUAUGAUUUCGGAAAUACACGUAAAUGCAUUUCAAGACGGUCCAUUGCAACUGCUCAGACUCAAUUUAGCAGAUAAUAUGUUGAAAUAUAUUCCAUACAUGCAUUUAUCGUCAUCGGCGAUGAAAUCUUUGAAGUAUUUGGAUGUUAGUUACAAUUUAAUUGAAAGCACAAAAGGACCAUUAUUAACAGUGACAUCUCGGGGCGGAAGACAUAAGUUUUUUCUAAACGAACUUCACUUGGAAUACAAUCACAUCAAAAUAUUAGAAAAACAAAGUUUGCAGAACUUUGAAUCUAUAAAUAAAACAUACUUUGAUGGAAACCCAAUAACUCAUAUUCAAGAUGGAGCAUUUCAAAAUACUAAAAUUCGAGAGAUAUUUAUGGUCGAUUGUGAAAUUUAUAAUAUAUCAUCAGAAGCGUUCAAAGGCCUUGAAACAUAUUUGCAUACCUUGGACGUGUCAAAUAAUAACAUAACAGAAUUUCCUAUUAGGAAGUUACAGCAGAGUUUUAACAUGCUUAUGAGACUAGGGCUUAGAGAUAAUAAGAUAAAACAUUUAUUUCCUAUCAUCCAUCAUAAUGAGGGAAAAGAAAAGAUUAUAAAAUCAAACGAUAAGAAAAAACCAAACGACAAGACUGUGGUUCACGAGGACAAUCAACGAAAUUCACAUGAAAAAAAUAACCAUCACGAAUUUUAUUCCCUACAAGAUUUCGAUUUCUCUGGAUGGAAUAAUGGUCCACUUCAAAUUAAUAUCAUUAAUGGUUUUAAAUAUCUUCGUCGGCUGUCUCUGUCAAAGAUGACCACACCAUAUAUAGAACCAGAUAUGUUUAUGAAUUUUACUAUUGAUAUGGAGGAACUUCAGAUAACUGGAUCAGAUAUAAAAACCGUCAAGGCACAUGCAUUUAAGCAUAUACAUGGUCUAAAAUAUUUGGAUUUGUCUGACAAUGUAAUAAGCACAUUAGAUUCUGACGCAUUUAAAGAGGUUGGACAUUCUCUGCAAUUCCUUAAGAUGUCACACGCUUUUGCAUCUUCGUUUAAACCAAUACCAGGAGAUGCUUUUCGGUAUCUAAAUAAUUUGAAAUAUAUGGAAUUAAGCAAUAAUCAUUUACAACACCUUCGAGAAUCGAGUUUCCAUUUUCAAACAAAUUUAAGAACGUUAAAGCUACAAGAUUGCAUGAUAGAGGCUUUCCACAAAGGGACAUUCCAAGGUGGAAUUGGAGGAAGCCAUAUUCUUCUAGAAGAAAUAUACUUGUCAUUUAACUUUUUAAAAAAAAUCGAAGACGGAUCUUUUGAUGAUUUACCAUCAUUAGGAAAGAUUCAUUUGGAUGGAAAUCGAAUAAAUCGUAUCGAAAGACACGCUUUUACCAAUUUGGAGCGUUUACGAUGGUUAAUCUUAAGAGGGAAUCAAAUUGAAAAGUUGGAAAUAGAAGCAUUCCAAAAUUUACCGCAUUUACAAGAACUCGAUUUAGCUUAUAACCAUAUUAAACACAUGGACUUUACAUUCUUAGAUCAAGUUGGAAUGCUGUCAAAUUUCCGUAUGAACGUUAGUCACAAUCUUUUAUCAAAACUAUCAUCCAAUUCCAAUUUUUCUACUAAAGACCUUUAUAUACAAUCAAAUAUUAGGGUUUUAGAUAUUUCGUAUAAUAGUAUCAAAAGUAUUGAAGACAAAUAUUUCUCUCCAAUGGAGUCAAGCUUAAGUUAUUUGCACAUGUCUUUUAAUAAUUUGUUUCAAGUGUCUAGAAAUGUGUUUGGUAACUUAAAUAACCUCAUUUGGCUAGACCUUGGACAUAACCAUAUCGUUGAAAUUGGAUUUGAUUCCUUUAAAGGAUCAAAAAGACUACAAGUUUUCAUAAUAUCUCAUAAUCGUUUAGUAGAUUUACCUAAUGAUUUAUUUAAAGGAUUCACUGAACUUCGAUUAGUUGAUUUUUCAUACAACAAACUUCGGGUGUUGCCAGACAUGUUUUUCAGUGAAGAUAACUUGGAAAUAUUAAACAUGGCUCAUAACGAGUUAUCUCGUAUGCCUGUUCUGUCAUUUAGCACACAUUCUGCGGGCAUUGUAUGUGAUAUGGAUUUGUCUUUUAACACAAUAACGGCAUUACCUGUUUUUGAAAUGUUUUCUAGAUUUAAAUCAUUAAAACGGUUAAAUCUAGCUGGUAAUCGUUUGGUACAUCUCGAAGAUUCAAAUUUUGCGAGUUUAAUUCGUUUAACUUACCUUGACUUAAGUCAUAACGAUGCUCUGAGCUUUGAAAAUAGAGGUCGUAUGUUCUUAGGCCUUGAACAGUCGCUUCAACAUCUUAGGCUUAAAAAUAUUUCUUUAACAUCCAUACCAGAAUUGCCGCUACCAUCUCUUCUAAGUUUAGAUUUGUCUGGAAACCAAAUAGCAUCUGUGUCACCAGAUAGAGCUUCUAAUUUAUCAUCAUUGCGGAAUUUAGAUUUAAGUCAUAAUGAGCUUAUUGGAUUCCCAUCUAUCAUUAUGAAUUUACCAGAGCUCAACAACCUUAAUUUAUCCAAUAAUCAUAUUUACGAUUUGAAUAACAGUACUUUAAAUAUGGGUGUCCAAAAAUUGAUUUCUUUGGAUUUGAGUUAUAUGCCAUUAGUAUCAUUUGAAACCGGUGCUUUAAACAAAAUGACAUCUUUACAAACGCUAGUAAUUAGUACAUUUGUUGGUAUCAAGGACUUCAAUAUUCCCUCUGUAAUUGCUGACGUUCACUCUCUUAGAAAUUUGAAUCUUAAAGUUGAUAAAUUGUCACGAAUGGGGAAAGAAUUAAUUGGUUUAUUUCCAUAUAAGCUAAGAAACUUCACGAUUAGUGGAAAAGCUUUACAUGGACUUUCAUUAAAUAACGUAUUUCAGGGUCUAAGGUAUCCAAAUUUGAAUUUGACAAUUUUCAAUACGAGCUUGGAAACAAUAUCGAAUGACGUUUUUCGACACAUGGGGACUGUAAGAAACAUCAGUCUAGAUAUCCGAAACAAUUCGCUGAAGUCAAUAGGAAAUCCAUCCACUAAUACGUUACCAAAACAGCAUGGUCAAACAUUUUUGACUUCGCUAAAAGUAUCUGGAAACCCAUGGACCUGUGAUUGUAAUAUUGGUUGGAUGGAAGUCUGGCAUCGUAAGAAACGCCAAUUUUUGUGCAAUCAUGAAGAUCCGUCGACGGCGCCUUCAAAUAGAUACAGAGACGUUGAACACUAUUCAACUAGUAAGUCUACGUGUCUGAUCAGUGACGAAGAUCUCGAGAUGGCUGCUUGUGCGGAUAAGAAGAAACCACUGGCUGAAGCUUUUAAAAAUGACAUCGAAUGUGGGUGGGGAGCAGCCGGUAGAUGCCAAUCGCAUUUGACAAUUAUUGUUUCUGUUGUGAUGGCGUACAUCAUAAUGGUAUAACUCUCUGAAUAUAAUAAUAAUUAACGAAAAAAAACAAUUUUAUUAUUACCAACACGCGUUGAAAUGUGUUAUCUUUAUAAAAUGAUAACUAUUUAUUUCAGAUAGUUUUUUUUUUUUUUAUUUUAAACAUACUCACAAAGUCAAAGAAAA